AAAUUCGUAUCUUUAGUUUCCUCCGUUUCCAAGAACACGCCUGCUUUAAUUCAUUUUGUUCUCAAAAUCUGAAUUACAUCGAGAGCUAAUUUCAGGAACAAAUUUGAGAUUCUUUUAUGCCCGCCAUAAUUUAUUUUACUUGAACCCUAAAAUCGUAAACCUGAUAUGGACUAAAUCUUUUGUUUUAUAAUUGUAUAAUCUGUUGCAUGUUGAUUAGUUUUGUGAAAUUUAAUCAAAGGCUGAACUUUUGCAGUACUUAUGGAAUCACAUUUCAAAGCAGUAAUGCUUCUGUAAAUAUAUGUUGAUUCUUUGAUAUUUUCUCCUGUUGCUCUAAGAUUUAGUUAUAUUUCAUAGACUAUAUAGCUAAUGGGCUUUUCUGAAUAUAGAACAUGCCAUUUGCUUAGGUAAAUAUGAUAUGAUAAGCCAGGAGCUAAAACAUGUGGUUGGUGCAGCUGAUUGCAAGAAAAUGGGCUUCUGGACUUUGAUAGAAGGUUUGCUGCUCUUUGCCAAUGCAUUAGCAAUACUAAAUGAAGAUAGGUUCCUUGCUCCAAGAGGAUGGACCUUGGCAGAAAUUCAAGGAGGUAGAAGAAAUACACUUAAGGGGCAAAUAAUUGGGCUCAUACAUGCAUGCCACUUCCUGAGACUACCACUUAUCCUUUUCAAUAUCAUCAUUAUCGUAGUUAAGCUGUUCAGCGGUUGAAACUUGAGAUUGAAGAGGUUGAGAAAGGUUCAUGGCUUGCCAAUUCCAAAGUUGUUUGCCCAUUCAGGGGCUGUGACCUGUUUGUUCAACACUCAGAAAGGUAAAAUCAGAGAAAGCUCAUAUGCUAAUAAAGCCAUGUUUACGGCCUAUGCAAUCAAAUUUCAUUUCUAAACUUAUGUUGUUUUUUAUUUUUAUUUAUUUUUGUGUC